AAAAUGGCCGCCCAGGAGAAAGCCCCUGACGAGAGGAUUUCCCAGUUUGAUUAUGCUUUGCUCCCAGAGCUGUCUGGUCUUCUAGGCAUAGAUGUGCUUCAAUAUGUAAAGAAACUAGAAGAAGAGCAGCAGAAAGAACGAGAAAAAAUGCAAAAAGGCUUUAAUUCCCAAAUGCGUAGUGAAGCAAAAAGGUUAAAGACUUUUGUGACCUAUGAGGCCUACAGUGCAUGGACACCCCAGGAGAUGGCAGCGGCUGGGUUUUAUUUCACUGGCAUAAAAUCUGGGGUUCAGUGCUUCUGCUGUAGCUUAAUCCUCUUUGGUACCAGCCUCCAGAGACUCCCCAUGGAAGACCAUAAGAAGUUCCAUCCGAAUUGUGAGUUCCUUUUGGGCAAAGAUGUUGGUAACAUUGCCAAGUAUGAUAUAAGAGUGAAGAAUCCAGAGAACAAGUUGAGGAGGGAUGACAAAGCAAGAUACCAAGAAGAGAAGGCCAGACUCAAAUCCUACAAGAAAUGGCCAUUUUAUGCCCAAGGGACAGCCCCAAGGGAGCUCUCAGCUGCUGGCUUUGUCUAUACAGGUAAACGUGACACUGUACAGUGCUUUUCCUGUGGUGGCUGUUUAGGAAAUUGGGAAGAUGAUGAUGAUCCCUGGAAGGAACAUGCCAAGUGGUUCCCCAAAUGUGCAUUUCUUCAAAGUAAGAAAUCCUCAGAGGAAAUUACCCGGUAUAUUCAAAGCUACAAGGGAUUUGUUGGCGUCACGGGAGAACAUUUUGUGAAUUCUUGGGUCAAGAGAGAUUUACCUAUGGCUUCAGUGUGUUGCAAUGGCAGCAUCUUUGCUAAUGAAGAACUCCGACUGGACUCUUUCAAGAACUGGCCCCAGGCAUCCCCUGUGGGAGCUGCAGCUCUGGCCAAAGCAGGUUUUUUCUACAUAGGUAAAAGCGACACCGUACAGUGUUUUUCCUGUGGAGGAUGUUUGUAUAAGAUGGAGGAAGGUGAUGACCCAUUAGAGGAACACACCAAAUAUUUUCCUAAUUGUCAGUUUCUCCAAAAUAUGAAGUGCUCUGCAGAAGUGAUUCCAGACCUUCAGAGCCAUGGUGAACUUUCUGACUUAACGGAAACUACAAGUGAAAGCAAUCUUGAAGAGUCAGCAGUGAGUUCUGCAGUGCCAGAGGUGGCCCAUGGUGAAGCCCAGUGGCUUCAGGAGGCAAAGAGUCUGAGUGAGCACCUGAGAAAAGCCUACACCAGUGCCCCUUUCUGCUACAUGUCUUUGCUUGAGGUCUCUUCCUGUCUAGCCACCGAUCAGCUGCUGAAUUGUGAUCUGUCCCUUGCUUCAAAACACAUCAUCGAUACUGUGCAGGAGCCUGUGGUGUUGCCUGAGGUCUUUGCUAACUUGAACUCCAUCAUGUGUGUGGAGGGUGAAGCUGGUAGUGGAAAGACGGUCCUCCUGAAGAAAAUAGCUCUUCUAUGGGCAUCAGGAUGCUGUCCCUCGUUACACAGGUUCCAGCUGGUUUUCUACAUCUCCCUUGGCUCUACCAGACCAGACCAGGGGCUGGCCAAUGUCAUUUGUGACCAACUCCUAGAGACAGAAGGAUCUGUUACUGAAGUGGGCCUGAGGAACAUCAUCCAGCAGUUAAAGAACCAGGUGUUAUUCCUUUUGGAUGACUACAAAGAGAUGUGCUCAAUCCCCCAAAUCAUAGAGAGGAUGAUUCAAAAAAACCAUUUGUCAAGGACCUGCUUAUUGAUUGCUGUCCAUACAAACAGGGCCAAGGACAUCCGCCGAUACCUAGAUACAAUUCUAGAGAUCAAAGCGUUUCCCUUCUGUAAUACCAUCUAUAUAUUACGGAAGCUCUUUCCAGAUGAUUUGACCCGUCUGCGAAAGUUUAUGAUUGACUUUAGAAUGAAUGAAACAUUGCUGGAAAUUCAGAAAACUCCCUUCUUCGUAGCAGCAGUCUGUGCUAAUUGGCUUCGGUAUCCUUUUUGUCAGUCCUUUGAUGAUGUGGCUGUUUUUAAGUCCUAUAUAGAAUGCCUUUUCUUGAAGCACAAAGCUGCAGCUGACCGUCUCAAAGCAAUUGUGUCCUCCUGUGGUGAGCUGGCCUUGAAAGGGUUUUUUUCAUCUUGCUUUGAGUUUAGUGAUGAUGAUCUCAUAGAAGUAGGGAUUGGUGAAGAUGAAGAUCUAGCCAUGUACCUCAUGAGCAAAUUCACAGCCCAGAGACUGAGGCCAGUCUAUCAGUUUUUGAAUGCUUCAUUCCAAGAAUUUCUUGCUGGGAUGAGGCUGACUGAACUCCUGGAUUCAGAUAGGCAAGAGGAUCAAGAUUUGGGACUUCAUUAUUUGAAACAAAUUAACUCAACCAUGAUGGCUGUAGGUCCCUAUGAAAAAUUUUUGAACUAUGUCUCUUGCCACCCUUCAACAAAGGCAGGGCCAACAAUUGUAUCCCAAUUGCUUCUUUUGGUGAAUAAUCAAGAGACACUGGAGAAUAUAUCUGAAAAUGAUGACUACCUGAAGCAUCAUCCAGAGAUUUCAGAGAAGAUGCAGUAUCUCAGGGUGUUGUGGCAACUCUCUCCAGAAGGUUACCUUUCACUGGUUUCAAAACAUUUACUGGCUCUGGCUGUAAAAAUUGCUUAUCAAAGCAACACUGUUGCUGCCUGUUCUCCAUUUAUUUUGCAGUUCCUUCGAGGGAGAACCCUGUCUCUGAGUGUACUUAAGUUACAGUAUUUUUUUGACCACCCAGAAAGCCUGUUAUUGUUGGGGAGCGUCCAGGUCUCCAUAAGCGGAAAUAGGUUACCCAAAUCAGAUAUUUCAUUACUGGGAGACUUUUUAGACAAAUCCCAGGCACCAACUAUAGAUCAGGACUAUGCUUCUGCCUUUGAACUUGAGAGUGAAUGGAAGCAGAAUUUAGUUAAAAAAGAGGAAAACGUGAACAGUUUUCUGAACAUGCAACUCAAGGCACCAGCAGAUAUCAGCACUGGCUAUUGGAACCUUUCUCCAAAGCAGUACAAGAUUCCCCUUCUGGAAGUUCAUGUGACUGAUGCUGAUGCUGUGGAUCAGGAGAUGCUAAGGUUUCUAACGAAAGUUUUCUCAGCUUCACAGCACAUUGAACUCCACUUGACCAGAUGCAGCGGUUUUAUUGAAAGCAUCCGCCCAGCUCUUGAGCAGUAUAAGGCCUCGUUCACCAAGUGCUCCAUAAGCCAAUCUGAGCUGAGUGCAGUAGAACAGGAAUUGCUUCUCACUCUGCCUUCCCUAGAAUCUCUUGAAGUCUCAGAGACAACCCAUCUACAAGAUCAACUCUUUCUUAGUUUGGACAAGUUCUUGUGCCUGAAAGAACUGUCUGUGAAUCUGGAUGAUAAACGAGAUGUUUUUUUAGUCAUUCCUGAAGAAUUCCUAAAUCUCCACCAUAUGGAGAAAUUAUUGAUCCGAAUUUUAGCUGAAUACGGUCCUUCCAAACUAGUCAAAUUAAUUCAGAAUUCUCCAAACCUUCGUGUUUUCCAUCUGCAAUGUAAUUUCUUUUCGGAUCUUGAGUCUCUCAUGACUGUACUUGCUUCGUGCAAGAAACUUGAAGAAAUUAAGCUUACUGGACCAUUUUUUAAAGCCGCCCCAUUUGUCAUUGUUUUACCAAAUUUUAUUUCUCUGAAGAUAUUAAAUCUUGAGCACCAAUAUAUUCCUGAUAAGGAAACAGCUGAAAAAUUUGCCUACACUUUAGGUUCUCUAAAUAACCUGGAAGAAUUGAUCCUUCCUACUGGGGAUGGGAUUCAUCAAGUGGCCAAACUGAUCAUCCAGCAAUGUCAGCAUCUUCAAGGUCUCCGCAUUCUCUCAUUUUUCCAGACUUUGGAUGAUGACAGCGUCGUGGAAAUUGCCAAGGUAGCAAUCAAUGGAGGUUUCCAGAAACUUGAGAAUCUUAAUCUUUCAAUCAACCAUAAGAUUACAGAGGAAGGAUACAGAAACUUCUUUCAAACACUGGACAACAUGCCCAACUUGCAAGAGUUAACAAUUUCCAGGCAUUUCAAAGAAUGUAUCAAAGCUCAGGCCACAACAGUCAAGUCUUUGAGUCGAUGUGUGUUACGACUGCCAAGACUCACUAGACUUAACAUGUUAAGUUGGCUCCUGGAUGCAGAAGACAUCACACUGCUUACUGCCGUGAUAGAAAGGCAUCCUCUAUCUAAACACUUCACCCUUCACUGGAAAUGGGUACUGCCAUUCUCUCCAAUCAUUCAGAAAUAGAAGAUUUAGCUAAAAACUGCUAAAUCAAGAAAAAUUUUGUCAACAAUUAAAAAAACCUAAUUUUCCAAAAACUUAUUAAAUACUGCAUACAAAAGAAUAAAAUGCAUAAGGCACAUAAUAAAAAAACCAAACACCUGCUUACCCAUUACUGAGCUUAAGAAACAGAUUAUUACCAGUAACUCUUUAGUCCCUAAAUGAUCCUCCCCAACCAAAGAUCAGACCUUUAAUCAAGUUUACGCAUCUAACUCUUCAUUACCCAGGGUCAGCAUCGGGCUUUCAGGCUAACUAUGGUGAACAGUAACAAACAAAGCCACAGAGAAGGGGGUAGGGAGAGGUGUACCAAUCUAUCUUAAAGCCGCAAUAUGAAAGGUGUAGUCAAGUUAUUAGAAAAUGGCUAACUUAAGGACUGAAUCACUUUCACACAUAGGUGAAACAAGAUAUUCCUUAAUCCUUGUAGGGUCUGUUUUGUACAUUUAAUUAACUUUGGUAUAGUAGGGUUUACUUACACCUUCCCUUUACCAACUGUGUUGGAUAUGAAGAAAUAGGAUUUAGGGAAAAUGCUUGUAUUCUAGAGGCUUUUGAUUCAAUGCUUAUUGUAGAAGCAAAAAAGUAUAGAAUAGAAUUUAGCAUUAUUGGAAAUUAGCUAAAUCUGUGUUUUCAAGAAUCUUGAGUAUCAGUGUUUUUUUUUAGAUAACCAUGUUUGAGUCCAACAUAUGCAUUUAUAAUGGCCUUAAAAUUUUCUUAUGAAUCCACUUUGCUCAGGGAGAACAUAUUUUGUGAGUGACUUCAUAAUGUUCAAGGUAUUACAUUUGAUGUGAAUGUCUACAUCUGUGCCUGUGUCCAAAAUUUCAUUCCUACCAGUUAAUCAACAGUUUUCUGAAUGGUUAGAAGGCCAAUCCAAAUUCAUAAUGCUAGUAUAAGUUGGAAAACCAUUCUUUUACCUUAAUUUUUAUUUUUACCAUGAAACACAGGGAUGGUAUUUAUGGUAUGAUUCCAUUUGUUUAAAAGCUAUACUCUCAUGUUUCUAGAUGCAUUAAGAAUUUCUGGAAGAAUACACAAGAAAAUGUUAAUAGUGGUAAUUAUUUUAAGUGGGUAGAAAGGGGACAGGAAGGCAUUCGUUUUUACUUUUGUCCUUUUUGUACUGCUUUCUGUUUUACAAGUAGCUGUUUUUAUGUUUAUAUUUAAAAUAAAGCAUAAAACUAGCAUUACAACAUUAAUAGUUGCUCUGGAGGGUGAGAUUACUAGAAAGUGGGAUGGAUUAUCUUCUUGUCUGAUUUUAUAUCCAAUGCUUUUGUAAUCAGAAAGGUUUUAAGUUUUGUAUCAGAGUCCAAUCAGGAGAUAGAAACCACACAGUAAUUUGGGGAAAGUUUACUAUAAAGAGUUAUUCACUGUAACAGGAAACUGGAGGAAUGAGGAUUGAUUAUGAAAUUGAGAACUCUAAGCAGGUAUAGGGAAUAGCUUAUGGCUCUUCAUGCUAGGCUGAGACAGAGCACCCAAAGAAAGUACCCCAGGGCUGAGAUCUACAUUUCGACAGAGAAGGCACAGCCAUGGACAAUAGAGAGGUUGGCUUAAUUAAAGAGGUGCAGCCCAAGAAGAUAUAAGCUUGGAGCACUUUGCUUAGAAAGUGUCUUGGGGGUGCCAGGGAAAGCCAUCCACGUGGGGCUGCUGAGUGCUGCUGGCCACUGGGCACUGCUGAAGGCAGGCGCUGCACAAGGCUGCAGAAACCAUGUGCUGCAGGUGUCUGCUAGAGAGGCACACUGGACCCAAGAAAAGAAGUCCCUUGCCCCUCCUGUGUCUCACCAGCACCCUCUACUGACAAAGCUUUAUACUGUACCUGCUGACAAGGGAGGGGUAGUUACAGAGUCCAGAUUCAUUACUGCAGAGUAGGCAGUGAAGGCUGGAUUUGGACAUGAAGGCAAUAAUGUCAUAAGUGGUACAAGUAUUAUUACAUUUCAUAGUUCAAACCUCAAGGAAAAAGAAUCUAGUUAAAUUUAAGAUUGACUGAGAACAUAUAUGUACAUGCAUGUUCAUACCUUCAUAGAAAACUUCUUAAAUAAGAAACUGUAAAUGAUGAUAGAUUCCAGGGAGGGGAGCAGGAUAGCUAGUGGACACAGUAGGGAGGUUCAUUUUAUCCUGCAUAUAAUCAUCUGAAUUCUG